AUGGCCGCAGCUCGGCACCAUGCAAGUCCGAAUUCCUACGUGAUGGCCAAGGAAGUGCUCCGCCACCGCUACGCAGCGCUGCUCAAGGAGCUCGGGGCGUCGCAGGUGGUCCUCUACCAGACCUGGUCAGGCCCCUGGCCUGAAGACAACGAGGCAGAGCAGCUCAAUCGAAGUAUGGAGGAGUACGCCGCAGCGCUGCUGUCGGCAGGGGUGCAGGCAGUGGUGCCUGCCAGGGUGGGUCACGCCUUCCUCCAUGUCCGAGCUGCACGGGCCGAGAAUGACCGGAUCUACCCAGCCUUGUGGAAGGAUGACAUGGGCCAUGGCUCGGCGUUGGCAGGUGCUCUGGCGGCUGCAGUGCUCGUCAGAACCCUGGGCCUGGAUGAGGGCCGUCCGCUGGGAAGGAUCCUCGAGGCCAUGCUUCCCGCAGCGUGGCGCACUGCCAGCCCAGGCUUCGCAGGCCAAGCCGAGUUUGGCCAGAAGGGCUGGCGAGACGAAAGUAAGGGUACCACUGCGGAAGUGAUGCAUCUGCUGAGCAACACAGAGGAGGACCUUCCUCUCAGCAAGUAUCCUCCCGGCAUGCGCACCGAAAAGCGCGACCUGGGUUUUGCCUUCGGCGACAUUCUUGCAGCGGCAGCUUUGAAGGCUGUGGACACAUGUGUAGUCGAUGUCCCGGCUGCCCGUUCAGGAACUUCAGGGUACGCAGCGCAGCUGCCUUCCGCAGCACCUUCCGAAGCAAGCAAGUCAAGGAGGUGGAAGCGCUGA